AUGUCGACAGCAGCAACGUCCUUGGUCCCCUCUUCAAAGGGCCCCAGGCAUGACUCUGCCCUUCAAUCCGCACGAAAUAUCGUAACCCACGAGAUCGCCACGACCACCCACUUUCUCGCCAACAAAGCCCACGAUCUCGGAUUGACACCCUCCAAGUCUACGCCCACCAAAGCCAUAAGGCCCUCCACAUAUUCUCCGUCACCAGGAAGAUUCAGACACCCCAGGACCACAGAGAUCCUUGCUCGAAGCUCUGCUUCUGCGCUGACAGAGACCAAUGUCAAAGGGGCGUUGACAAAUGCCGCAGUAUUGAUUCUUUCCUUCAUGUUCAGCGAUGCAUAUUACAGCAGUAUCACACCACUGCUGAAGUCGAGUGGUGUUGGUGAUGCCUCUCAACUGUCCUCAACCGCACUUUUCCUCUUUCGCCUUGUCGUUUGCGCGAACAUGGUCCUGCUACUCCGGCCUGUGAUCCCAUACAUUUCCAAGAAAGAUGAGAUCACUGAUAUUCCUCUGACGCCGUCACAAAGGUCACUCCUCGGCCUCGAUCCAUCCGUGUCACCUACCCCAAACUCAGCAGGUUCGGCUGGAAGUUACAUUACACCGCCGCGUUAUCGGCGCUCCUCUGGCUCCUUUUCCGGCACUCCCGGCAGCAUCCAGAACGGCAAUGCGUCUGACCGUCGUAGCAUCUCCGCCACCUAUUCGUCCUCACCAUUGUCAACCUCUCGCCAGACACUCGGCUUUUCAGCCACACCUUCCCAGUCCGUACGCCGGACAGCUUCUGGUUCACCGUUUUCGCCAUCUCCGACAGCGAGCCCACUCUUCCACAAAGCGGUGAACCAAGCAUCACAGUUCUCCGACGUCGACUUCGGCACAAGCACGCGCUCUUCCUUCGGCACCAGUAGUGGUUCAGGCCUAGGUCGAUCACAAAGCUUGCGUGACAGACCAAGACGGGAAAGUCUUGAACCGAGUUCGCCGACACCUGGGACUAGGAGUCCCCAGAUCGUGCCGGGGCUCAAUUACAAGUGGCUCUAUGACAUGGGAAUGAAGCUUCCCAAAAGCGAGUCGUAUGGGUUUUGA